UAUCAAAGCGGAGUUGAAUUCGCCUUGGUCGCGCCAGUAGGCUUCUGUCGGUCAGUUUUCCUCUUGACUUGAGCUGCCGUCGCCGUCGCCGACAGCGAUGGAGGAAGGUGAAGAAGGAAGGUCAAGCUUCCAAGCUAUUCGAGCUCUCGGAUCCCUGUUCAAGCUUACUGAAGUCUACAUAUGGGACGACGGCUCAACGGAGACGGUAGAAGUGUCCAUAUUCCCGGAAUCCAUUGAAUCGCCUCCAGAGAAGGACGAUACCACCUCCGAUAGUCCUGCAGUUGCUACUGAUUUUGGCCCUUCCACGGAGGAUGACGAAUUGAGCAAACAAAUGGAUGCUCUAGGGCUUCCCCUUGCUUUCCAGUCGAAUAAAAAGAUAAAGAAUAAGACCAACAAAGGCAAAAGAAAAGGGGCGGUUAUGAAGCAUGCUCACAAUCAUGACACCACUGCUAAUGAAUCAUUGAAAGUUUCCAAAGUGAGUGAAGCAGGGACUGUAUCUCCUACUGUUUUGCAUGAUAACGAAAGCAAUUCUAUAUGUUGCAUAUCAAUGCUGGGCACGAGUGAGUCAUGUUACUAUGAUGUUUCUGUGGAUACCAGCAAUUCUAAAGAUCUAUGUAUUGAAGAUUCCGAGAGUCCAACUAAGGUUCCUCCCGAGCCAAUGUUUGCUGAUCAGUGUGGUGAAUGUGAGAGGGGUCUGACUCUAUCAGGAACUAUUUACAUGACUAACGAUGACUAUGAUGAAAAGAAUACAAUUUCGGGCGGUUCAGAUGCAGCGACUCCAGACAUGGUUGAUGGCCCGAAAGAAGUUGUCGAUUUGAUGGAGAAGGAUUGCCUACAUGACUACCCUGUUGUUCACAAUCUUCAAGAGUGCGAGAACCACAUGGAGUGGCCUGAAUUUUCUAUGGCUGCAGUGCCCCAGGGUUCAGAAGUGCUUGGAGAUAAUGGGAUAGAGAGUCAUGACCAGAAUGGUGCUUUUGGGGAUUGGGCGGUAUACUGGGAUUCUUUCUACAUGAGGAAUUACUUCUAUAAUGCAAAAACAAAUAACUCUACAUGGUCCCCACCCCCUGGAAUGGAGCAUCUUGUAUGCAUUAGUCGUACUAAUCUGUCAGAUGACGUGAUUGUUGGAGACUAUGGGAUAGACGGUGAUCCUUCUGUUUCCUGUGGCUUGUUGAAGUGUUCUGGAUCAUUUGAGAAACCUGCUAAUGAUAGUAGAAUAGCAGAUCAGCCAUCCAAUGAGGUCUGUGAUGGGGAUGGACUUGCUUCUGAAAGCACUUUGCUAAGCUUGACUUUCUCGACCAUCAAUGGCUGUUUGGAGAAUGCAGGCGAACAGGAGGGCAAUGAUAAAGAUUGUCUUGGUGAUAUUCCCCAGCAAACGGCUUUGGAGGAGCAUGGCAAUAUUAACAGUGUGAUCAACGAUGAUCUCACUGUGGAUGUUGUUAAGCAUAAGGAACAUAAAAACACUGAGAAUGAUGAGCCGGAUACCGAACCUGAUUUUCUUGUUAUCAAAAGACAUAGGAAAGGAAGAAGGAAGAGAACACGAUGUAGAUCUUCCAAGGAUAGUGAAGAUCUCCAAAGUCAAGUUGUUCCGGAGGAGCUUUCUGCCUCUCUUGAGAAGUACUGGUGUCAGCGAUACCUUCUAUUCUCUAGAUUUGAUGACGGUAUAAGAAUGGAUGAGGAAGGGUGGUUUUCUGUAACACCUGAGCUAAUAGCUGGGCAUCAUGCUCUGCAUUGUGUUGAUGACAUUGUUAUUGACUGCUUCGCAGGAGUUGGUGGAAAUGCUAUCCAAUUUGCUCAAUGGUGCCAACAUGUUAUUGCAAUUGAUAUAGAUCCACAAAAGAUGGACUAUGCCCAUCACAAUGCUACUAUCUAUGAAGUUGAUGACCAUAUAGAUUUCAUAAAGGGGGACUUCUUCAAUUUGGCACCAAAACUGAAGGGACUGGCUGACACUGUGUUUCUGUCGCCACCUUGGGGUGGCCCGGAUUAUGUUAAAAUUGAGACUUAUGACAUCAAUAUGCUUAAACCACACGACGGGUAUAUUCUCUUCAACACUGCAAAGCAACUUGCGCCAAAAAUUCUAAUGUUCCUCCCAAAAAAUGUCGAUCUAGAUCAGUUGGCCGAGUUGGCUCUAUCUGCUAAUCCUCCUUGGUCUUUAGAGGUAGAGAAGAACUUCUUGAAUGGCAGGUUGAAAGCAGUAACAGCUUACUUCCGCGACACAGCAGUUCAUGGACGAUAAAACCCCACUUGAUUUAGCACUGACUUUCGAGGAUACACCUCCAAAUUUGCCAUUAUAUCUAAGCAUAACAUUUAACAAGUAGCGGCUGAAGGUGAAUACCAGUGGUAGUAGGCUAGUAGCUUUGGUAACUUAUGGACUUGUGUGAGAAGCUGCUGUCGUACUGGUUGUAACGAAAACUCGUGCUCAAACCAAAUUCUUGGAAAGCAGCCAACUUUAGAAAUUCAUCAUUGUUCAGAUUAACAAGCAAACCAAUUAGAAUGUCAAUGCCAGGCAGGCUGGUAGAGGAAGCAAGGAAGGAGGACGUCAACGUAUCAUCGUAGCAGGUACAACAAGUGUUUAAAUUCCCACCUAAAUUAGCUACAUCUUCUACUCUUAUUAAGCAGUUGCCAAGUUGUUUUUAUAAUUCCUAGUGCCUCCCUCUAGUUUAGUACUAGUUAGUUGAAGAUUUUCUGUAGCUCGAAGUUGUACAGCUACCCCAUCUAUUCUGACAGCUUCCUCUGUGUUGCAACUUGCAUGUGGGUCGCUAAUCAAAAGGUUGACAUUAGUGUAGUUUUCCUUUUGGGUUGGGAUUAAGGGUUGGAGCUUUGAUGGUCAACUAACCCUUUAAGCUAAAUAGGGACCAUCUACCUUCUGGGCUUCAAUAAGUUCUGAACUUUGACCUUUUACCCUCUGUUUCCAUAUUUAGGUAUAGUGAUAGGCAGCAUAAAAUAAGCAGUUAUCACAUUGGUAACCAAUGGUUACGGAGGCGAAAGAAAAGCAGCUAAGCUAUGAAUGCAGUGGUUGGAGCAUUUGGUUAUGAAGCUGAAACGGAUGGAUACACAUUUGAUUGUGCUCUGUUUCUGUUUGGAGAAAUCAAACAUUUGUCAGGGCCUCUCUGUUUUUGUGUGUGGUGUGGUGCGAGGGUCUUGUUAGGAAAUUGAAUCCUGAAAACGACCUGAGGCUGAGGUUGGGUUGGGUCAGUUCAUUAUGAAAGACAACCUGGCCGGCACCGGCUGCUACUCUUUUUGAAAUUUCUAUUGGUGGGUCAGUUCAUUAUGCAAAUUCUUAGAUACCUACUGACCCGACUGAACGAUGAGGAUUGGGUUGCGUCCGUUUGUUUACAAGGUCAGUUUAGAGUCUGGUCAUUUUUUAACCUUGUAAUGUCUGGGUAGGAUUGGGUCAACUUGGUACCGGGUCACUUUAAGUACUAUAAUUGCAAACUAAAAUGAUACAAAUGUGAUAAAAGUGUAACUUUAUCACCAAUAUUUAUAGACCUAAUUUGUAAAAAAG